CAAAUAUUUAAAGACUGGGCCUUGGACCCAAAACACUGCUCUCUCCGCUCGUGCCUGCUGCCAUGUGGCUGCUGCUUCUCCUCCUGCUGUGGCUGAGCCCUGGGGUGAAGACAGGCAGCUGCUCCCAACCCCAGCGCCUUUGCUGUCUUGGAACAGAUCACCACUGCAAGAGGGGAGGUUGCUACUGUGAUGAAUUCUGCCAUGUGGUACCAGACUGCUGCCCAGACUACAGUCUCCUCUGCAACCCUGCUUCUCAGAUGACCAAGAUGGGGCUGCAGAUGGUGCUGAGGAUGGAGAACCCACCCAGCCCUGCUAGGAGCCGUCUAGACUGGGUGCAGAGCAUGGUUCAGCGGCUUCUCCAAACCGGCCUCCCAGGAAUGCCGUUCUCCAUGGCCAUAGAGGGGAUCAAGAAGAAAGCCUGACGCCGCUCCUGAGGCCCCUUCCACACACCGAGCCAGCAGGAUCCAUGGAGCAGAGGUCAUCCGUCCCCAGCGUGGCUGGCUGAGGCCAGAAUUGCUGGGCCAGGUGUGCUUGUCUCUCAGCUCGCAUCCUGUGUACUUCUGCAUUGGUUUAGCCAGAGCAAAACUGAAAUCUACAGCUGUCAUGAACACAUUUAAAUGUGUGUAGAAUCAGUGAUACAAGUUAUGAAACGUUUGGCUCACGUUUUUAUUCAUUGUUUUGUGAUGGUUGCAAUUACUAUAGCAAACAUUUCUUGAAAGUAGAAAAUAAAAACCCAGCAUCCCUUUAGCUAA